UCGAAAUGGAUUUCGACAUUUGACGCCAAUAAAUAAAUGAAAUUUAGCCUGGGCGAGCCGAGUUCCAUUUCCUUUAGCCUGCCAAAACUACAGUUACCUUCGAGUAAAAAUCUAAACGCUCUUUCAUUAACACUCCGAUCACCGGAGAAAUGGUCCGGUGAUCGGCUAGUGAAAGUGAGGGAGAUCCUCCUCUAUCAAGCAGAUUACAAAAAGGUCCAAACCAUUCCGAGAUUUAUGGAUCACUCCCAGGUGGAAUCAGAGAAGAAGGUUAUCCCAUCUGCUAUCCUUCGAUGGGCUCUUGCAAUUCUACUUCCCAUUAGUCUCUUCUUGACGCUUUCCUUUAUGGCUGGGUCUAUACUGAUAUUAGGCCCAAAUUUCUCCAUUACGAACCCUAUUUCUCUGCCUUCCAGGUGCAAGAUUGUAUCUAGCAGAGUCGAUAUUAGGUCAUCUAAGAUAUGUGAACUUGGAUUGUUUAAUUAUAAAGCUAAGAAUUUGUUCCAUCCUUUUGAAAGAAACAAAUUUCACUGUCGUUAUGAUUACUAUUGGGCUUCAGUUUUCAAGGUGGAAUAUAAAGAUCACUUUUCAAGUCGGACACAGGUUGCAUUUUCAGAGGCUCCAAAUGAGGCUCUUCCCCUUUAUUGCAGGCCUAAUUUUGGUGCUGCAUUGUUGACGCAAUACAAAUUCAAGGUCAAUGAGUCUUAUGACUGCUGGUAUGCAUCUGGCAUUUCCAAAGUGCGUUUAUACCAAGAUGACGUUUUCAGUUGUCAUGCAGAUCGGCCAUCUACUCUUGAGAUGUUUAGACGGUAUUUUAUUCUGACGAUCGAGAUGUUAUAUUCCGGGUUUACUAAGAGGGGAGGGGGCAACUAUUGGAAUUGGGAAACGAUAGCUGGAGUGGUGACUGGGUUUUCAAGUUCUUUGAUCUCCAUGACGUUUUUAAGGUUCCUGUAUCUGCUACUCUCUGGACUAUGUCGAUUUUGUGUAACAUGGAUAUUUCCUCGGCCUGCCAAUAUUGUGCACUUAAGGCGAGCUUGUUUCUUUCUGGCUUACUGCUCUUUUGUGGCUUGGUUGGCUAUUGAAUAUGGGAAGAUGCUUGGUCUCCUGGAUCUUGUUAUGAGUUCCUGAUUCCUGGCACUUACUUCUGUGCUGUCUUCUUUUAUUUUAAUCAUAUUUUAGUUGCAGCAUGUAACAUUCUUGUCCCAUCUGAACUGAGGAGUGGCUCUAUAUGCCUCGUGUAAAUGUAGGAGGAGAUGGAGGUCAUAUAUACUUAAAUAGGAAUUAAGACAGCAAUACUGUUGGAUUACAUCUGGGGUUAGCUGAAAUCAGUAGUUGGACUGUAGUGGAAGCGGGGUUUGUGUAUUAAAUAGAGGUCUAUGCUUGAGUCGUUAUGUUGUUCCAAAAUGGAAAUCUUUAGUUACAGCCUCUGAUGAAAAAUCUAGUUGAAAUAACAUUUUAAAUUUAUUGUAGUUGGAUUAGUGCAUAUUAGGGCCUGUUUGGUUUCUGUUUUUAUUUUUUGUUUUUAAAACCUGUUUUAGAAUACAGUUUUUGAAAACACUUUAAAAUUGUUUUUAAAACAGAAUAAAAUGAAAAUUUGUUUGGUUAUAUUAAUUAAAAAACAGCUUUAGAAUUAAAAAAAUGAAUUGAUAGUGAUAGUUAUAGACAGUUAAUGGUGGUGAUUAAUAAUAAAAAUUGGUCAAGGUAACUGUAAUUUUUAAUAAUUAAAUAUAGUGUAUUUUAAAAAUAAGAAAAAUAAAAUAAAAACAACUUAAAAUUGUUUGUAUUUUUUUUGUUUUUAAAAACAAAAAAUGAAAACAAUUAAAUGAAAAAUACUUAUUCAAACAAAUUUUUAAAUUUUUGAGAAUAAAAAAUAGUUUUUAAAAAUAAAAAACAAACAAGUAUUUAAUUUUUUUUUCAAAACAUAAUUAAUUGUCUUAAUGGUAAUAUUUUUUUUCUCCAUUUGAAGAGGUCUUUUCAAAUCUAAUAUUGACAACUUGACAUGUGCAUAUGCGUGCAUAAUUACAUAUCUUCCUUUUCUAUAAAAAUGACUAGGUUUGUAUAAAAAAAAAAAGACUAGGUUAGGAGUAAAUGUUUUUAAGGAAAAAGUAACAGUUGCCAAUGGAUUUAAAUGUAAAAUUAAAAGAAUAAAUUCACAUGAAUUUAUAUGGGUUAGAGUGCUAAUUCACCUCUAAACUUUUUUAUAACAUAUAAUUAGUAUUUUAAAGUUUUAAAAAGUAUAAUGUAUCUUUUGUAUUUUUUAAAGUAGUGUAAUGUUGCUCAAAACUGAAGAUUCCCUAACGUUGUCUGUUAAUUUGCAUUUUUUGGCCAACCUAUGCUUUGUUGGCAUGCCUUGUAGGAUUAAAUAAUGCUUGCCUAGUCAUCCAUGUUUGCCUAGUCAUCCAUCUGGCAUUUUCUUCUUUCAUUAAAACACGUUCAUAAAAAAAACAAGUUUUCUACAAAAAAGAAAGGAUGAAGGGCGCGCAAAUUGUUCGGCGGAUCUAGAAUGAAGAUGGAGGGAGAGAAGGGAGGAUCACGCGGGACAAGUCCAGAUCUGAGAUUGAAGUCUGAAACCAUGUUUGUUUGGGUUUUGAAAUUCGAAAUUUGAAGAUGAAGAGAGGAGCUAUGGUUCACAUAGAUUUGGAUCAAAGAAGAAGAGGAGAUAUUGGGCGACAAAGGCUGGAAAGGAUAGAGAGGGACGAAGAGAGCAGGCCGCCGGGCUUACGAUGCUGCCGCCUUUAGAUUCAGGGGUCAUCGAGUCUUCAAGGAGAUCGAAGGUCUGGAUGAGGGCUUUGGGGUCAUCGGACCUUCUUCUCUGCCUCGCUACCCAUGGCCUUCUCUCUCUCUCUCUCUCUCUCUCUCUCUCUCUCAAAACUGCAUAGUAGUUUGAGACCAAUUUAUCAUGUUCAUUAUCAUUUGUUGGUUUAGGUGCUUUGGGAAUCAUCAUCAUUUAGGCGAAGAACUAGCAAGCCUCUCGAUCAGCUAUCUAAGACUCUUCGUCCCUACCUUCUGAAACGUCUCAAAGUAUGCCUUCGGCUUUCGAGCUCAAAGGAAGUAUGACUUGGAGGGAUAAGUCCAGUUUCUUGUUGAUCUGUCAUCUGUGGUUUUUCAUGUUGUUUCGAAAUUCUCACAUCUAGUUUUUUUCUUCUACAUAGGCUUUCUGUUGGGUUCUGUUACGCUUUCUUGUUUGCUGCUAAUGCUAUUAUUAACUCAUACUAUAGCUCUCGAUCAACUCUUUGAGACUCUUCGUCCCUAAAUUAAUUUGUUUGGUUGGGUCUCGUUUGGUUCAUGAACAA